GUAGGGAUAUCCCAGUUUUUCGUCCGGAAAAAAAACAACAGCAACAACUCCCCACGUCCUUUAGGGAGCCGACAGGUCUUCCCCUUGCGCACGCCCCACCUCGCCGCGCGCCCCACCUCGCCGCGCGCCCGCGCAUUCCCGGAAGGGGCAGGGCCUCUGCCAAUCGGGUGGGGCUGGAGCUAGAAGCUACUUUGAACAUGCCUUGGGCAUGUUUGGCGGGAAGUUGGCUUAGUUGGACAAUCUGUGGCCUCGUGGGUUUCCUAGUCCCCGCCUUGUUUCUCCCCAGAGGCUUCUCAGUCCUCGCUCCGUGAUCUCCGCAUAAGGCAUAGUACCCCUUUGGCACGGAGGACGCGAUGGCUCCCAGGAAACGCCCAGAAACCCAGAAGACCUGUGAGGUUGUGUUACGCCCCAGGAGCAAGAGGAGCAGAAGUCCCCAGGAGCUGGAGCCCGAGGCCAAGAAGCUCAGUGGGAAGGGCUCCGGUUCCAGCAGAAGACAUGACUCAGACGGCCUUUGGGAGGGGUUGGCUAGCCAGCAGGUCCCGCCACCAUGCAGCAGCAUCGUCAAGGCCAUCGACCAGUAUAAGCUGGGCAGAGCCACCUGGCCGUCGCUGCAGCAGGGUCUCCAGCAGUCCUUUUCAAACUCUCUGGCUUCCUACCGGAUAUUCCAAAAGGCCGCCCCCUUUGACAGGAGGGCUACAUCCUUGGCGUGGCACCCGACUCACCCCAGCACCCUGGCUGUGGGAUCCAAAGGGGGAGAUAUCUUGCUCUGGAAUUUUGGAAUAAAGGAUACACCUACCUUCAUUAAAGGGAUUGGAGCUGGAGGGAGCAUCACUGGGAUGAAGUUUAACCCUCUUAAUACCGACCAGUUUUUCACCUCCUCCAUGGAGGGAAUGACUCGGCUGCAAGACUUUAAAGGCAACGUUCUCCGUGUUUUCACCACCUCAGACAACUGCAACGUCUGGUUUUGCAGCCUGGAUGUGUCUGCCAAAAGCCGAAUGGUGGUCACGGGAGACAACGUGGGAAAUGUGGUCCUGCUGAACAUGGACGGCAAGGAGCUUUGGAAUCUCAGAAUGCACAAAAAGAAAGUCACGCAUGUGGCCCUGAACCCAUGCUGUGAUUGGCUCCUGGCCACGGCCUCCGUAGAUCAAACAGUGAAACUCUGGGACCUGCGCCAGGUUAGAGGGAAAGCCAGCUUCCUGUCCUCGCUGCCGCACAGGCAUCCUGUCAACGCAGCUUCUUUCAGUCCUGAUGGAGCCCGGCUCCUGACCACAGACCAGAAGAAUGAGAUCCGGGUUUACUCUGCCUCCCAGUGGGAGUGCCCCCUGGGCCUGAUCCCGCACCCUCACCGGCACUUCCAGCACCUCACACCCAUCAAGGCAGCCUGGCAUCCUCGGUACAACCUCAUUGUCGUGGGCCGAUACCCAGAUCCUAAUUUCAAAAGUUGUAACCCCUACGAAUUAAGGACGAUUGAUGUGUUUGAUGGCAGCUCCGGAAAGAUGAUGUGCCAGCUCUAUGACCCAGAAUCUUCUGGGAUCAUCUCGGUGAGGCCCGGGCCCUCUAACAACGGGAGGAAGCAGGGAUUCAGCCUACCUGUCGACCAUCAGUCAGUCCUCACGUGCCCUCCUCUGCCUCCGUUAAUACCGUCACCCCUCAUGAUGGCCCUCUUGUCUCUGCAGCUCAAUGAGUUCAAUCCCAUGGGGGACACCCUGGCCUCGGCAAUGGGUUAUCACAUCCUCAUUUGGAGCCGGGAGGAAGCUGGGACACAGAAGUGACAGACAUUCAAGAAGGUGUGGGCCAAGCAAGGGCUUGAAGAGGUGGCUGUUAAAGGGCCAAAGGAUUCACAUCUUAGGGCCGCAGCAGGGCACCGUGGCAUGGGACACGGGGACUGGGACAUGGGCAGUUAUCGUUCCACAGUUGGCGAUGCGGCUGCCCCAAGGGUCCCUGCUCUGUCUAACCUGGAGCCAGGCUACUUCUCUGACACGUGGUGGCAGGGACCCAGUUGGGAUGGUUGACUUGUGCUCACUGUUGACAUGGCCAAUAAAACCAUACUGCACUGA